GCUUGCAGAUGCACGCCUACGCCACUCAAAGUUUGUUCACACCGUGCGGUCUAUAGUUCUAUGUUUAGUUAUGGUAUGAUGCGGAUCAGAUCAUAGCAACAUGGCGGGCAUGCCCAUACUGGGCAAUAGUGUAGGGGCGGGCGAGUUGCGAGAAGAUGCGAGCAACAGGUCUUCAAGCAGUGAGUCCCGUCGGGAUUCCUCUCCCGUCCGUACUCAAGAAGUCGAUGUAAGCUGCCACCGCCCAGACCUCACCAGCUCUCUGCCACUACGACGCAACUUCGAGCGCGAUAACUAUGAUAAAACCGUCCCUACUAUGGCUUCGCUGUCUAGUGGCACAGUGGUGACACACACAGUUCCAUCGUACGACGAGCAGCGCGCAAGCCCCGCGCUGCUCGCGCGCAGCUCGGGCACGCCGGGCGGCAGGAGCGCGCGGGACGACGGCUACUGCUCCGCGGGCAGCACGCCGCGGGCCCUGGAUCAUAAAUCAGCGAAAGGAUCUGUUGUUACGCUUUCUUGUUAUAAAAAAGAGCCUAAAAUACAAAUAGAGGAAGAAGGAUACUUCAGCGAAACGAAACCCAAAAAGAUAAGCAAAAAUAAUGUAAAAGAUGCACCAGACGACGGCAGAGAAACUUGGGGUACUGGAGCUGAUUUUCUUCUUUCCAUCAUUGGUUUUGCUGUGGACUUGGCUAACGUUUGGCGGUUUCCUUAUCUGUGCUAUAGGAAUGGGGGUGGCGCGUUUCUGAUCCCAUACAUGUUGAUGCUGGUCUUCGGAGCGGUUCCUCUCUUCUAUAUGGAGCUGAUCCUGGGCCAGUAUAACCGACAGGGGCCUAUAACGCUGUGGAAAAUAUGCCCUUUGUUUAAGGGAGUUGGCUUUUGCGCGGUAAUGGUGGCUUUCUACGUGUCCUUUUAUUAUAAUGUUAUUAUUGGGUGGGCAUUGUACUUCCUCAUAUCGUCUGCGCGUUCGGAACUGCCGUGGCUGCACUGCGACAACGCGUGGAACACGGACCAGUGCUGGGAUGCAGCAAGACACAACGCGACCAAUUCUACCAAUACUAUCAAUAGAACGGACGUUAUGUACCAAGGACCACUGUCGCAUUUCACACCGGCUUCUGAGUUCUUUCACCGUGCAGUACUCGAAAUGCAGAAUUCGGAAGGACUAAACGAUUUGGGUUUUCCAAAAUGGCAGCUGACGAUAUGUUUGGGAAUUGUUUAUAUCACACUAUAUUUGUCGCUUUUCAAAGGAGUUAAAAGUUCGGGUAAAGUGGUAUGGAUGACAGCAACAAUGCCAUAUGUAGUGCUAUCAAUUUUAUUGGCUAGAGGUUUAUUACUACCGGGAGCUGCUCGUGGUAUCGCGUACUAUUUGCAUCCAGAACUCACCAGACUUAAGGAUACGCAAGUAUGGGUAGAUGCUGCGGUACAAAUCUUCUAUUCAGUAGGCGCCGGGUUCGGAGUGCAUCUGUCUUAUGCGAGUUAUAACACGUUUCACAAUAACUGUUACAGGGACUGUCUCAUAACAACACUGGUCAACUGUUUCACGUCGUUUUUCUCCGGUUUUGUGAUCUUCACGUAUUUGGGCUUCAUGUCUCAUAAGCAAGGAGUUCCUAUUUCUUCUGUGGCUACUGAAGGUCCUGGUCUAGUGUUCCAAGUGUACCCAGAAGCAGUGGCAACAUUACCUGGAGCUAGUCUGUGGGCGAUGCUAUUCUUCUUCAUGCUUAUCAUGCUUGGUUUGGAUUCUGGGAUGGGUGGGCUAGAGUGUGUGAUCACGGGUCUGCUGGACGCGGCGCGCGCGGGCGGCGGGCGCGCCUGGCUGCGCCGCGAGCACUUCACGCUGCUCGUCGUGUGCGUGUCCUUCUGCGUGGCGUGUGUCAACGUGACCCCGGGUGGUAUCUAUAUGUUCCACUUGCUGGAUACAUAUGCGGCGGGAAUUUCUCUUCUCUGCUCUGCUUUGUUCGAAGCUCUUGCUGUUUCUUGGUUCUAUGGUCUGAAAAGGUUCUCCGAUGACGUGGAAGAAAUGCUCGGUUUCCGGCCAGGUAUAUAUUGGAGAAUAUGCUGGAAGUUUGUGAGCCCCGUGUUUAUUAUUGGUGUGGUUGUGUUCGGUCUGCUAUACCAGCAGCCGCUCCAAUACCAGCACUACAAGUAUCCCGCGUGGGCCGAAGUACUGGGCUGGGGACUUGCCUGCUCUUCCAUAUUGAUGAUACCAUUGGUCGCCAUAUUUAAACUAGCUACCACACCGGGGACUUGUCGGCAGCGUAUAGCCUGCUGCAUCUCACCGGAAUCUGAACAUGAAGCCAUCAGAAGUGGAGCACCAGUAUCUCGGUUCACUUGGAAACAUUGGCUAUAUGUUUAAAGUCUUAGCUAUACUUCAUAUUUUAAAUAUGUGACAGACAUAGCUUUUUUACGUAUUUUGCGUACUUAUCAAUACAGUCAAAAACCAUGAGAAACAGCUGAUAGAAUUUAUGGUGUGACAGAAAUGGAGAUAAUGGUCGCGUAAUAUCUUUGUAUGUUAUUUUUUCGAGAAAGAUGUAGUUGAUUGCUGGUGAAUGUCAUUGAUGGUGACUUGAUGGAUAAUUUCGCGUUUUCUGUUAAUUGAGCUUUAAUUUUCUUACCUAUUAUAUUGUAAAAGCAUUGACCUAUCGCACGACAACUUAUUUUAUAUGUAUAGAAUAGAACUAAACAAAUAAAAAUCAUAUAAUAAUAUUCGUCGUAUACAUAUUAUGUUAGGUAAUAAGAUGGGUUGAUAAGUGGCGGGCCUAUAGAGUAAAUAAAAUAAAUAAAAGUGAGUAAGUACUUAUACAAACAUAUUUUUUCAGUAUUCAAUAUUAUCAUAGAUUGAAACAGCCUAUUUUCAUCAAGCUAUCAUUUAUUGGCGCGGACUAUAGCGUAUAAAUUUGUAUGUUUGUGUGGUUAAAAAAAAUGUGUGCGUGUACUAGUGUACACACGUAAGAAGUGAAACUGACCUUAUUUUUCAA